AUGGGUAACAGCCUGAGAGAUCGAGAUUACCAACGUCACAACCAUGCAACCUAUGAGCGGACUGACGGGUCAAGAGAGAGGCAUCAGCGUCAACAUCGCAACCGGUCGCGCGACAGAGACCAUGAACAGCAUCGUGGCAACUCAUACGAUAGAUAUCAGUAUGGUUCUAACGAGGAGCAUCGCAAAGACAGAAAGAGAGAUCGCCUAGCAAGUGGCGCAGCUGGGUAUCAAACCCCAUGGCAGGAACUGAAAAAGGGGAAUGCCCUGGCAUCCCAUCAUUCCCAGCAUCUUAACGAAACGGACCACUCGAGAUCUCACCAUCAGUCUCGGGCCGAACAAAGACAUACAGGCGCUCGAGAAAGAAGGGUCGGUGCAUCUGACCCUCUACCGCGUCAGCAGAGAGGUCCCGAUGGUACACCAUUCGGCAGCCUGCCCAAGUACAAAUCCAAGCCAGGCAUAGCCUUCGGACUCGGCGAUCACUUCAUAAAUACAUACAAACAUAUCAAGGCCGAUUACGAUGCUGGAUAUAGAUCCAGAGGCUUCAUCGAGAAAACACUGUGUGAAGCGAGGAAGAAGAGACUAGAGGCAAAGACAAGGGAAGAAACGAUGAAUCAUGAUUGGAAUAGAGAAGAAACCUCGAGAAACAACAAAGUUCGGAAGCAGCCCGAGAUUGAUAAACGGGAUAAGCGGCGGAUUAAGGUCUAUGAGUGGAAGCCUAGAGCUAUUGAGGCUGAAGCGCUGGGGCGCCAUCACCAAAGUCAAAAGGAUCGUGGUCGGAUGGGUCAAGAUGGUGAGCAAAGAUGGAGAGUUGUUGGUCAGAAGAGUCGGGGCGCGUCAGUUCCUGUAAUACGUAUCCGACCUGCAUCACCUGUUGGAAGUCCUGAACGAACUAUUCCUCCUGGUUAUAGAACAAGGACAGUGCCAAAACCCUCAGGACGUCAAAAGUCUCAGGUUAGGAGCAAGAGGGACAUGUCUCAAUCUGGAGCAACAUCGUGCGAUUAUCAACGCAGCCAAGAAGCCCCAAUUCCGAGAGAUCACGAUUAUGAAGACAAUCACCAUGGAUAUAGACCGACAUACCCUCAGUCAAUUACUUUUGAUGACCCUCAACGUCAUGGUAUAGCUUCCUCUUACGUGGACAACCAAUCAUCAGUCAAGUCGGAAAUCGCCUCCAGAGCCGAGCCUCCCAUCAUGUCACACGCGCCUUCGCCUCCUCCCCCACCACCGGUUUUAAGAGCAGCUAGCAAUGGAAGAGCAGCUCUACUCGACUCGAUACAAGGCAGAAUCGAGCAACUCAGAAUAGCUAACCCAAACAAAAAGGACAAGUCUGCAGGCUCCACUGUAGGAGGGGUUUUGUAUGAGCAAACAGAGCACAGCCAGGAGGUCGAAGAGCGAGAACGUGCUCAAGCAAAAGGAUCAACUGACGGACAAGACCCUCAUCCAGAACCGAACAGAGCGUUUCGUCAAGACCUCUUAGAUGCACUACAGAGACGGAAUACUACAUGA